CAUGGAAAAUUGGGAAGAAACACUUAGUAUUGAAUCUUUCGAAAACAGGAUAACAACAUGUGAGAGUACUAUACGAAACAUAAAUGAACAGUUUAGCAAGGAUGCGAUUGAUUGUUGGAAAAUACUUCAAAGAAGAGCUCAGCUUGACAGCGGACUUGUUAAAAAUUGGAGUAGAAAUACAGAACUACUACAGAAAUUAGAUAAUAAAAUCUACGAUUUCCUCUCUAUAACAAAAAGUAUUUUACAAAGGAUUGUUUUAGAACGAGAAAAUGACCACUCUGUUCAAUUGGAACAUAUUUAUCAUCACUAUAUAUCCUUAAUAAGGGAUUUCAUUGAAAACUGGGCCCUGAUCAUUGAUAAUCAACCAACACAAGAAUUUGAACAGAAAUCUCAACAAGUAUUCAAAGUAGAACAAAAUAAGAUAAAGAAUUUCAAAAUGACUGCUCGUUUAUUAGGAAAAAAUUCCUAUUUUCAAAUAUCUACGUUAAAAAUCAAAGCGAUUUAUGAUAAAGAUUUUCACAAUAGAAAUGAAGAUGAUAUCAAACAAUUUUGUCAUAUGGGAAAAACCGAAUUCGAAUCCAAAUUUAACAGACAAGGAACCCGAUCUUGGACUAUUACAAAGGUACCAAUUACUAAUGUUAUGCAACAUGAAAAGUCUGAUAGGAAUGACUAUAUUCGUGAGAAGAAAUACUUCUUUACACUUCGUAUUGAAUGUAAAUUAGAUUGUUUAAAGAAUACACCAACUUUUACUGCCCAAGAAAUAUCACUUCCUGUAAGUUUAAUAACGCACGUAAAUCAAACCGUUGACGCUUACGGAACAAUUUAUUGGUUCAAUUUAUUUGCAAAUAAUCAGAGAGGUCUAGUUACUGAUAACAUACUACCUAAAGAAGUACCUUGGUUAUGCUUAGAGAAAUUUUUAACAACUAAAUGGAAUAAGCAAAUGGCCGAUUCAGCUAAGGAUUUCAAUAAAUUCAAAGCUUCAGCUUCAAAAACAUUGGAUCAAAGACCUUUACGAGUAGAUGAUCUAACGUAUUUAGCAUCAAGAGCAAUGAGAUCAAAUAAAAAAGAUUUUUACCACCAAGAUCUAACUUGGAGUCAGUUUAGUAAGGAGAAAUUAGUUCCAAAUAGUACAUUCUCUUUUUGGAAGUAUUUCUUCGCUUGUAUGACAAGUGCCUGUAUUAAUAAAGAUGAAUGGUUAAAAGGAUAUAUAUAUGGAUUUGCCACAACGGAGGAAGUUGAACAAAGGUUGUCUAAAGAGGACACCGGCGCCUUCGUUAUCAGAUUUAGCGAAUCGACUAUUAGUAAAAACCAGUCGAAAAAUAUCAGUGGAGAAUUAAUUUUGGAAGUUGUAUAUUUAACUUCGUCUGGGAAAAAAAUCAUAUUAAAGAGUAAAGAACUUAUUAAGCCGGAAAACUUAAAAGCUGGUGGUCUUGUACCUACUUUGUUAUCAUUUGAAUAUUUUUGUAGAAGGACGAAUACUAAGCGUCCCUUUCUUACAAAACUUAUUAAAAAGGAUGGAGAUGCCAUAGAGCUGAGUGAAAUAGCCUCCAACCUAAAAUCUGAAGUUCCGUUUUGUCCUCUAAAGAUUCUUGUUGAUACGCAUAAAGCAGAAUUUAUUGUUUCUUCAAGGUCACUAAAUUACAGAGAAGAUUUUACAGUACCAGAUCUUUUAGGUAAAGAUGAGGUAAACGAAAUUCUAGAAGAGCUAGAACUUGAUAUCGGUCCGUCAAAAUAUGGGAAAAUGCCAGCAGAGUUUGCUAAUAUGGACCCGGAUAUUUUCCAAGAAAAAACAUCACCCAUCUUUUCAAUAGAGAAUUGGCAUACUACAGCAGCCAAAGAAUUAUACGAACAAUUGGUUUAUGCAGGAAAGACAAAUGAUAUAGAUUCAAAAAAUUUUCUAGACGAUAUAAAGCAAAACAAUGAGCCUGUGAAAGCAGAAUAUUAUGUUAAUAACAAUAACAAUUCAAAUAAUGAGUUAAACUCAAUUCCAAAUCAAUUGCAUCCUUAUCUCUUCUCCUCUGAACAUGAGCAAAUGGAUUUUACUCCAUUUUGUUAA